AUGAAAGAUGUUUUGACUAUAUCAUUGAGAUGUGAUGGUUCAGUGGAUAGAUCCCAAAUAGACAAAAUAUAUAUAUUAAUAAAAGUAAUCGACAAGUCUGGAAAAGAAGAUCAAUAUUUUAUCGGUGCUGGACUGAUUUCUAAACGUGGAGCUGAAGGAAUCUUAGACGCAGUUGAAAUUGCAUCUAUUAACACGAUUGGUGCCGAAGCGACUGAAUAUGUUUUUAAAAAUAUUUCAUCAAUUGUGACGCAUGGAGCUUCUGUAAAUACUGGCGAACGUAGAGGACUUUGGACAUUAUUUAAACAAAAAUAUAGAUCAUUGAAAGAAAAUAGUAUUCCAUUAAUUACAAUUUGGUGUGCUGCUCAUAGAUCCAAUUUAGCAAGGAAAGAUACAAAUAGUUCAGUUUCCGAAGUACAACAUUUAGUUUCAACAUUAACAAGUUUAUGUACAUUUUUUCACACAUCAACUUGA